AAAAAUGGCUUUUUCACUACGUUGGAUUGCAACCAGCUUGUAUAGAUGGGCAAGGGGCAAGAUGUUGGCCAUCUUGUAUUUGAAUCACUAUACAAAGAGAGAGGGAAUGAGUGAAGGAGAAGGAAGAAGAGCGGUUGCUGCUGCCAGGGUAACAUCAAUCUUCAUUUACCCAAUCAAAUCAUGUCGCGGCAUCUCCGUUUCUCAGGCACUCAUCUCCCCAACUGCAGGUUUCACCUUCAUACUCUCAAGCCUGUUCGUACUCCUCUUCCUACACGAACUAAACUCUCUCACACUGAUGGAGAGCUUCUGGCAGAUCCUACUGAGUAUAGGAGUAUGGUAGGUGCUUUGCAGUAUUUGACCAUGACUAGACCUGAUAUUACAUUUGAUGUUCAACUGGUUUCUCAAUUCAUGCAUGCACCUCGCACAUCUCAUCUUUUGGCUGUUAAGCGUAUUUUCAGGUAUCUUCAAGGGACUAUCGGUCAUGGCCUGCUCCUUUAGUUGAGCUCAGCUUCUCCUACUUUACAGGCUUAUUCUGAUGCAGACUGGGCAGGUUGCCCUGAUAGCAGCAGAUCGCCAGAUCCACCUCCGGCUUUGCUAUUUUUCUGGGGCCGAAUUUAGAGUCUUGGAAGUCUAAAAAGCAGCCUACUAUCUUUCGCUCCUCCACAGAAGCUGAAUAUCGGGCCAUUGCCUACGCGGUUCAAGAUACUCUACAGUCUACACAUCCGUUCCAUCCUUUUUGAACUCGGAUACCCUAUCCGAGAGCCAGUCAAGCUUCUGUGUGAUAAUGUGUCGGCUUCUUAUUUAUCUACAAAUCCUAUUCAACAUGCUCGCAGCAAAGACAUCAGUAUUGAUUAUCAUUUUGUUCGUGAGAGAGUUGCUCAUGGCGAUCUUUCUGUUCGCUAUGUUCCAACGCAAUUUCAGCUUGCAGAUAUAUUCACUAAGUGUUUGUCUCCACAACGUUUUAUAUUUCAUAGGGACAAUCUGCGCA